AUUCAACAAAAUCCCCUCGCGGCGAUGGAGAAUCCAGCCAUCUCCUUCACAUAGUAUUUGGCUUCCCAUAGCUGAACUACUGAAGUGUGUCUAUUUUCAAUUUAAGCACAAUGGAUACUAGAAGCAAUGGAGAACUCCCAUGCCACCCUGACUUUCACCGCAACUAUAAAACUACGGCGCCGUCGCAGCACUCAGACGAGUCCAUUGCCCACAAUAACGCCAAUCACGGAGGUAGAUUUCCAGGAGACGCCAACCAGCACCGUCAGCGCUGCCACCAGAAGCCGCCGUCUGAGCACCACGAUAAUCAUUCAGAGGACCGCCUUCAUCAAAACACAAGACUCGAGCCAAAUGAAUCCGUUAAUGGAGCCGCCACUCGAAACUUCGGCCAUUCUCCGCACACAUCCGGGCGAAAAAGACCUCUUCCCUCUUCACAACCACCUCUGUUUCCAGAUGUAUUAGAAGGUGGGGGAUUUGUUAAACUAUAUGUUGGAGGAGUUCCAAGAACAACUACCGAAGAAGAUAUUCAACACAUUUUUGGUGAAUAUGGGCAUAUCUUAGAGAUUAUUCUCCUCAAGGAUAAAAAGAUCGAUCAAAAACAAGUGAGUUGUUUUGUGAAGUAUAGAGCAUUGGAUGAUGCUGAUCGAGCAAUUUUAGCAUUACAUGAUCGGUACACUAUCCCCGGGGCUGAGUGUCCAUUAAGAGUUAGAUACGCUGAAGGGGAAAGAGAACGACUUGGCAAUUUUGGUGAACAUUUACACAAACUAUAUGUUGGCGGCAUGAACAGACAAACUUCUAAAAGGGAAAUAGAUGAACUAUUUUCUCGAUACGGGAUUAUUGAAUCAAUUUUCUUUGUACGUGACCGUGAUGAUCAAAAGCAACACAGGGGAUGUGCUUUUGUUCAGUUCUCUCGUAGAGACAUGGCAGUUGCUGCCAUCAAUGCACUGCAAGGAACAUACACAAUGAGGGGUUGUGAUCACCCUUUGAUUGUUCGCUUUGCUGAUCCCAAAAAGCCUAGAUCGGCUGACUCUAGAGCACCGUCGUGUAUCCAUCAGCAUUUUGGUGGACCUAUGCCACUCAAUCCUUCAAGUCCAAAACAGCAAACAGUUUUGAAUACUUGUGCCGCACUAGAGCAGGCUUUUCCUUCAACUACAGCAUCUGCUAACAAGUCGCCUUCAGAUGCUGAUUGUGAGUGGAGCGAACACAUAUGUCCUGAUGGGUAUCCUUAUUACUACAACUGUGUGACUUGUGAGAGCCGGUGGGAGAGACCAGAGGAGUAUGCACACUAUGAAAAACUUGAGAUGUUUGAGGAGCAACAAAAUGAACAGUUUGCCACCCAAGCUGUGUCACAAGGGCUUGAGAUGGAUGUUCAAAGGCAGCUAUCUACCAAUGAAUCCUGGAAACUUUCUUCUUCGACAAGAGUUGGUGCUCAUAUGAAUGCAAGCCCAAGAGUUCCUCCAGCUUGCGUCUGAAUCUCAUUUUGUUUUAUCGGUCAACAUCAUCAAAAGGGAUUCGACCACUGAUUCUCUCUGCAGGAUAGGACCAACACCAAGUGCUAGAAAUUCAUUUCCCCAAAUUUUCAACGGAGUACCAUGUUAAGCAACAAUGGACAUCAUUCUUACUACUAUCCCGGUACCCCUUAGGGCUUUCUUUAUAUUGUGUAAUUCGGAUAACUUUUUAACAGCAUCAUUCGACGAUGUGUGGGUCCCUCCACAUGCCUUCCUCAAAAUUGCCACUUGCCCGAUCUAUAGACAGAUGACCUAACACCAAAGCCAUAAGUUUAAGAUCGGGCUAUAUAUUGGAAGACUCUUUCGAGGAGCAUUGUUUAUGGGGGCUAAUGUCCUUUAGCCUGAAUGUCAAAGCAUGACUCAAGCCUCUUACAGGGUACCAUUUGUAAAAUUAAUGGCUCCUAUCUUC